AUAGGUUUACAGUCUUUGACUCACUUUGAGCAAAGCCUUACCUUUUGGUAUUUUACGCAAAUUAUUGGUAAAUAGCGAUAACACUCAUAAAAUGAAUGAAAUAGAGAAGAAAAGGUCAAGGUAAGAUCAGUUCGGGGCCAAAGGCUAUCAAAAUGAAAGCACUUUUUGAGUUAGUCGUGUAUUUUUCGAAAUGGACUAAAACUAUAACAUUAUAAGUUGGCUUGUGUCGUGAGUAACCGUCUUCAAAAAUGGAUAUGCACCCCCAAGUGGAUGCACAGGGAAGUUCAGACCUUAAUAGUACUGACUUGCCUGAUGUUGAUGCAGCACAUGUCUAUGUUAUGAUGAAGAAAAACACAAGAGUUUCUAGGAACAUUAGGGCUUGCUGGUUUUUUAGACACUUAGGACGACAAGUCAGUUUCACCCCACUUAUUUCAGUUGAGAAUUUAACAGAAGAGUUGAACCUGGUUUCUGUGAUACCGAAGAACCCUGAGAUGAAACUGUUGUUAGGUCAGACCUAUCAAGUUAGUGUUGGGCCAGACACCAUUGUGACCUUUCUCUCCUAUCAGUAUAAACUCUCUUUCACACUGGACCUCAGCCCUUCAAUGAUGACUGUGGAUAUUCAAAAUGCCAGUUAUGUUUAUGAUGGAAUAUUGACAUCAUUAAGUCGAUGUUUACGAGGGCUUGUAAUGCCAUUGUAUAUACCAGGGAGCUGCAUUCACUACUCUCCAGACUUGUAUAUCUCUGUAAUAUGUCACACUCCAGUUGUCUGUUCAUUUACUAAUCAGGUAUUAGUUCAAGGUGUUAAAAUCAAUCAGAGCAAUGUGGACCAUUAUCUCAAACAUAUUGAGUUUGAGCUGAACCAGUUUGAGGCAGCUCUUUCAUCAAGCUUUGUCUCACUCCUCAAACUGUAUAAAAGAAAGGAAAGUUUUUUCCUUGAUGAAGAUGAAGAAGAAGACAGAGAAAGACAGUUUAACCUGACAGACCACAUUGGGACACCUGAGGCAGGGUUCACCAACAUGCUCCGCUAUGGAAUCCUGUCAUUGCAACUUUUACCAGAGAAUUCUAGUUCAGGCAUUAUUAUCAUUACUGAUGGCAUUGUGGGAUUGCCCAAUUCUUACCUGAUUGAGCUGCUUCUGAACCAGAUGAGGAACAACACAACUAUGUGCAGCUUCAUCAAAGUUGGCUCCCCCUCCAGCCUCUAUCGUAAGCUGGCUCAUGUCCCUCACAUAGAACUCAUGCAGGCAAUAGCCACAGCAACGUUUGGAGCAUAUCUUGGAACUGGACCAGAUGUUAGUGAAGAGAAAGGGGAGGCCAACUUGUACCACAGAGCUAUUCUGUUCUGGUCAUUCCAGCGUGGUCUAGAAGGUUUCAAGUAUGACAUAACACACUUCAGUGAUGAAGAUAUGCCUGGAUCUAUAUCUUGGAUAAAAAGGAUGUUGAAUAGACACCCAAUAACCAAAGAAAGCUAUGGUGCAGAAUGUCUACGCAAGGAGAGGGAGAAGCGUACAGUUGUGGCUGGUCUACAUAGUGUGCUGUCUGUCAGGCUGAGGGAAGGCUACACCAUCAAGAGUGUUGCUUUUAAAAAAGAUAACACAGAAAUUCAUGUAAAGCUUCACUUCCCAUGGAGGGAUUAUGGGAAAAUUGAAUAUGCAGCAUCAGCACCUUGGCCUCUCAACUACUCCAGUAGCAUCACUACCAUUGAAGUGACUGUAGAGGGGAGCUAUGACCUACUUCAUGAGAUGUUGUGCAAGGGCAACAAGGAAGUCAAGAGCAACCUAAGACUGAACAACAUUAAAACUCUCUGGACCAUCCUAGAAAGAAUUUCCUCCACGGACAAAAUGUUAGAGCAUCUUCAGUCUUUCUCUUCUGAGCCUGUCUACUAUCAGACUCCAGAAAGUAUCAGGAGUGGUGUCCCUUUGUUCUAUAUUCAGCCAGAUGGACCUUCCAUAAAUACACAACUCAAAGCAAGUACACCAGAAAAGUUUGCAGUAUUUUGGAAAGCUGUCAUACAACUAGACACAAAUAACUGGCAAAAAUGGCUACACUCUCAUCGCAUUGGCUUAGUGUUAGAGCAUGACAGGCAGUUCCCAAAGUGCUUUCAGGUCCCUAAUGCCAGCUCAAGGUUUUCCUCCAUUCAGUGUCGACAGACCCUGGCCUCCUUGAGUCUUCUGCUCAGAGAAUGGAGCACGUUUGUCCUUGCAGAGAAUCAUUCUUACAUCAAGUUUUUAGUGCAGGAACAAGAUAAGCCUCCCAAGUUCUUUUGUGUUCUGCGUCUGACCUCAAAGGCCCCCAAUAUGAUAAUUCGCCUUGGAUUUCUGGGCGGUACUCCUGCCUCCAUCAGGCUUGAAGAGCUGCGAAUUCUUCGUGAGAAAAUCCGGGACUUGUGCUUUCCACAGAGAGGGACACAGAAGACACAGAAGAUGUCAAUCUCCAGUGCUCCUGGUGGCCUGGACAAGGUUGUCAAGCCCCACAAGUCUCCACUCAAUAGAGAAGGCUCAGAGAUAGCUUGUUGUGUUCUCUUGAGGAAACCUGUAGAGAAAAUUCUUGUUGUAUAUGAAAGCAAACCCAGUGACAUGACAGUUGUUAAAGAGGCCCCAAAAGAUUUGACUACCAGGAAAUUGCAGGACCCCAUGAGGUCAGUUUUCAGAACACUUACUCACUACUUGCAGCAUCAGAGGUGGGUGUGGAACAUCCAAGCCAACACCAAGAGCACACUUAGCAUGACUGCCAUUGGCCGAAUGUUGGCUACUAUAACCAAAUUGAGACUCCAAGAAGGUUUUCACUUUGCUGUCUCCAAUGCUGGUGUAACAAACUUGGUUUUGGAGGUUGACAUGAAGGAGUCUGAAGAAGCCAGUGAAGACGAUUCAUCUAACAUUCAUGCUUGUGUUGUACAGUACAUCAUCUUCCCCCCACAUACAAGGUCCACUGAUGACAGUUUGUCUGAAGAUGACCGUGAUGACACAGAGACCACAGAGGCUGAUGGUGAGGUGCAGAUAGUUACAGAGUGCUGGGUGGAGCCUCAGUAUGGAGUAUGCUGCAACAACACACCUGAGCGGCAACAUUUCAAUGGAUUGACCUACUUGGACAUUGCCAAAACUUUCUUCCCCUAUGACUAUGAGUGUGUGUCCAGUCUAACCACCUUUGAACAUCUGAUGUACAUGUGUGACAAUAGUGCCUUACCUAGUCCAGAUCUAUUAGCUUCCAGACAGUCCAGUCCACCUUCUACACCUGGACAUCGCUUCAGUGGUAGAAGAGAGGAAAGCUUUCGGUCAGAGCCCACUGUGAAUUUCAUUCCAUUUCCUUUUGACCUACUUUCUGUUCUUCCCAGAAGUCAACAGGCUGAGCUCUUGUUUUCAACUUUUGUCAUUGGAGAAGCCAGCAGCAGAAGUGAAGAAAGUCAUGAGGACAUUAAGAAACCCAAUGAGAUCCUGCUGGAACUUUUCUAUGACAAACUGAAAGAUGCUCACAAUAAAGAAAUCAUUCUCUCUGAUGAUGAAUGUAACAGGGUGAUCAGUCACAUCUAUCAAAGAACCAGGGAUCCUAAAGUAAAUCCAAUCCCAUUCAGCUACAUACCCCAGGGGUUCAGUAGCAGUGGUAACUCAUUUGUCUUUGAACCAGGAGUGCUAUCAGAAACUGACACCACAGAUGCAUCUUCUACAAGUGUAAAGAGGUCAUCAGGCAGCAGGUUUUUAAAGUCUCCAGAUCCUGGAGUCCAGGCUAAAGAGAGACAAGGGCUGGACCAACAAAAUCAAUUUUAUCCGAAGAAGUUUGCUGAGAAAGAGCCUAACAAAAGUGCAGCUACAAAAGGUAAUGCACAGAGUGAGACUGGCCACUGUCCAAUGUGGAAGUGCUAUGUCAAAAAGGAUGUUACAGCUGACCAUCUCCUGAUAACAUUUGUCCCUGCCAGCUAUGAUGAUCUUCUUCUGCUGAACCAAGUCACCAGAGCUGUCACUAGCCAAGAGGAUGUGUCCAGCGACAAUUUGUCUCAUCACCCUCAUGAACAUUCUGAUGUUAAAGAUCAUUCCAAAGUUUCUGUCCAUCCGUCAAGCACAAGUCCUGAUAAAAGCAAGAUCAAUCAUCCAGCUAUUUCAUUGACUAGAACAAGUGAACACUCUGAUCAAAUAGAAGAGGUCCAACUUAAUCUGAUGAGCAGCAAUAUCAAAAGCCAUACUAAUGCCUGUGGGUCACUCCAUCUUCCAAUCUAUGUGUACAGCUGUCAGCUGAAAAAUGUCACAAACUCACUAGUCAACAGGUGGAGCUUCAAUCUUCCAGAUGAUAUUUUUGAAGACUUGACAUUCUUACAAGAGACUUUAGAUGAGGGGAAAUCUCCGCGCUCCCCAAGAGGUCAAUUUCUGUCCUUUGACCAACCAGCUGAUGAGAUGAAUGACAAAGAUUCCUGGAGGAGUUCGCUGGACCGUAGGUCAACAGACAGUAAUUCAUUCAGGCUUGAGUCAUUUAAAGAACAUUGCAAGCUAGUAACAGACAUUUAUUUAAAUUCUUUUGUUUUGGCUGUUUUCCGCAGUCUUCAGCACAACUACUUUGUGGAUAGUGUGGAUGUGGAUGCUGCCAUUAACAACAUCUGUGAGGAGCUGCAUCCCUUGGAAACAGACAUGACUUCUUACUUGCAGGCCACUUGUUCUCACCUGCACCAGUUAGUGGAGAAGGCCAGGUCCAGGGAGAAGUAUUCUACAGAAAGUGGACAGAGGUCUGGCUCCAUUAGCUCCUAUCACAAGCAGCAGGCUGUCCGAUUCCUAGAAUUUGACUUGCACAAAGAAGAGGAGGCACCCAAGCUUCCUGAAGUCUUGCAACUUCCCCAGCAGGCCAUUGAAAUCACUGAGGAGAAAUGGGCUUCCCUUGUUCCUGAGCAGUGCAUCCAGAUCAAAGAAAACCACAAACUGACUGAACUGAUCAGGUCUAGGUUCACAGAGGCCAUUGAAAAGUGCUUGCGACCAGUACCAUCACUGCCAGACUUUUAUUUUUAUUAUCCAAAUAAUGAGCAGCUAGAGUCUGAGGAUGAUAUGGAAGACAAAGAAGAAUUUGAUGUGAAUGAAGAGGACAAUGCAGAUGAUACACAGGAUCUUGUCGACAUCAUCAUUCCCAUGAAUGAGGUCAUAUCUGGAGGUUCAUCUUUAGAAUCCAAUAUUGAUGACACUUCUUUUGACUGCAACAUUUCCAACAUCUCUAUUGAACGUGAUCCCAUGCCUUUGUUUGUACACUUUACCUGUACCAUCAAGCAGAAGUCAGACUUCCAGCAUAUCUCACUACAGUCAGUCCCACAAUGCUUUGGGGAGAUUACUAAAGGUUUGCCUGAACCAAUUCACACAAUAGAUUUUUCUGACUUCAAAGUGACAUUUGAUAUCAAUUGCUUGACAUUGUUAAAUGAAAUCGAUCAGCCUACACCUAGGAAGCCUUCAUAUCGCAGACUGCUGUCAAAUAUCAGCCAGACAAGUGCUUCUGGGAAGGAUGAUGCUGAUGAGAAACUUUCUGCAUUAGUAGGUUCUCCUAAGCCUCUGGGCGAUCCAGUAAGCCAUCUUCCCAAGCCUCAACAUGCAGCUGUUUAUUCUGUCAAAGAUGAGAUUGAGUACCUGAUGCAGGAAGAAGUCAUCUCAUCUUUAAGGUGCAUGCAUCCUAUUACUGCUGACACACUUGCCUUUGUUGCCAAGUACAUCAGCAGUGCUGCUCAAUACAACUCUAGAACUGUUAUGUACCAAACUGUCAACCUUCAGUUUGUCUUUGGAGCAGAGCAAUCCCUGAACAUGUUUAUAGAGGAGUUGGAACGACAGAGUUUCCCAGGAUGUAGAUUGACUAAAGAAGGCGACUUUUAUUUCCUAAUAAUCAACAAAACCAGGUUCCAGAACAUGGGACCACUUGAUCCUAAUAGAUCAACUGCCAAUUCAGAAGGCGUGAUUAUUUCUAAAGAGGAGCGCAGCUUCAGUCUGCCCUGUGUCUUCCCUGACUUAGCAGACCAGGAGGGCGUUCCAUCAGGAUCUAGAUCACUUGUCAACAUGGGGGAGGAAGCUGGUGGAUCUGAAGCUAGUGAGAACAAACAGCGACCCAGAAGCUGUUCAGAUGCCAAGGUCAACCAGAGGACCAAGGUCAGCCUCAAUGUGGGAAGUACUGAUGUAAAAGCAGUAAUCUCAUUACCUGAAGCAAAUGCAGUAGGUCCUACACUACAAGAUUUGAGAAUCUCUGAAUUAGAUGUUAAUGCAGAACAAAGCCUGAAGAAAUCCAGUAGCUUUGCUGGACUCCAGGGUGGUCGCUCUGCCAACUUAACUGCCAACAAUUCUAGGAGUCGCCACUGCUCAGCUCCUUCUGGCAACAACACCAUGCUCAGUCGUCCAUCCACCAUGCCCCAGUCACCAUCUGUCAUUUCUUCAAGAGAAUCUACUACAGAUGAUGGCUUUGAUGGUGAUGUCAGUGAUAUGGAGCUGGAUGAGUCAGCUUCAAUGUCUGACAUCAGUGGAUACUACCCAGAAUUGCCAGACUACUGGCUACUCAUGCAGGUCCACCAAGACAAGACAGAAGUGUUUUUCCACUCCAGAGAGCCAGUAGACAGUGACUCAGCAGCCAGUACAGCCAAUAAAGUUUUGUAUUCAUCUGUUAUUAAAGGCAUACAGAGUGUAUGCAAGAAAGUCAAUCAGGCACUUUUACUCAAAGAACUCAACAAAACAAAGAUGUGCAAUUCACUGCUUGUCCCGGAGGCAGAUGAAGAUUUUAAAUGGACCAACAAAAGACCAACAUCACAGAGACUGUCUGGUGAUGGCGAUGACCUAGAUGAAGAUGACAGUGAAGAUGGUCAAGGCUACCUGGCUGCAGCCAUGGACUUUGUACCAGGGCACUUUAAUUGUGAAGUGGUCUACCGUAGAUAUUUCGUCCUCCCUCCAAGGCUCAAGCCAGCAAUACAGAGAGGAGGCAACACUCCCAAAGGUCUUGUUGUCCUUCGACAGGCCCUGAACAACUUUCUGGUGUCCAAUAGGAAAAAUAUGUUUGUCAUAGAGGAACUCUCCUCCCAUAAUGUGUUUUACCUCAGACUAAAAGAGAAUCAGAUAGCACCUGAAUCAGAAGUUGAUCUGGAAGCUUCACUGGCAGAUGUAAAUAGACAACCAGGAAAAAGUGACAGUGACACUGUGUCCAUGGCUUCCAGUCUUGGCCACCAAUCCAGCAGGACAGAGGAAGUUGUAGAGCUGACAGUUCAUGGAAUUGAGAAUGUUGGUCAAGAGGUCAGAGAUGAUUUAAUGAAAAUGUUGCAGAACAAAUUGGAUGAUGCUCUUCUGGAAGACAUUUGUUUCAUGCUUAGGAAAAACCCUCAGUGUAAGCUGAAGCCUGAUGACAUUGCUUUCAUUCAGAAACCUGGUCAGUUACCCUCUACUUCUCUCCUGCUGACCAUACCUGGCCACUGCUCCAUGUACCUGGUGGCUCUGAUGUACUACCUGCGUCAGAACCUGCUACAGUUUUUGCACACUCCCAACUACAUGGAUUCUAAUCCUGCAUCACAGUUUCAUGAUAUCUAUGAUGGUGUUUACACUGCUAUACCUGCAGACAAAGUCUAUAUAUAUGUCAGGCCAGAGAAAGGAGGCGGAAAGGGUAUUGCUUGUGUUAGUGUGAACCUUGUGGAUGGUCAAGGGAAGCAGGUCAAACUUCUCAACUGUCCUUCUCCCAUUAAGAACAACAUGCCCUCUCUGAGUGAUGCCACAGAGUUUGACAAGUAUGUCCAGACCACCAUCCAUGAGAAGUCUGCUUCUUCUAGGCCAGGUCCCACAGCACUUAUUAGUUUUAAUAUAUGGGAAUGUGGUAACUGUGACUUGACAUUCUUCAGUGACAAACUCAUCUUAGCACUCCGUCACUCACUAUGCGACAUCGUCAUGGAAUACUUCAUGCUGACCACACCUAUCUGCUCUGUGCCAAGGAACCUGACGGAAAGUUUUGCUCCCCCUGUCUCAUCUCUGCCAGCAUCGCCAACUAAACUACCAGCUGAAACUACUGAGAGAAAACAUAACCCACUGACCCGGAAGUUCUCAGUUGACCCACCCAGAAGCUCAACACUCACUUUCUCUCUAUUCUCAUCUUUUAGUGAACUACGCAACACCAACUCUGAAGACAAAGUUGGCAAGUGUUUAGAUUUUAACUCAUCACCUCAGUCUGCUGGCUACAUGUCACAACCUAGAACACCUGGUGGGUUGUCAACACAACCCCUCCGGCCUAAAGAUGCCAGUUUGUCUGAUGCACAGAUUCAGCAGCAGACUAUAGCUAAGUAUGAGAAUGGAGAGAAAGGACACCUUCACCCAGUCUUCUGCUCCCUUGCUAAACAUUGGAUGGACUUUUGUUGUAGCAUUGGUGUACCCUCUGUGUACAGCACCAGGCUCAAGUUUCAGUCCAAGUUCAAUGUGGAGUUUGUUUUGAAGGAGUUCCAGCAGUCAGUUAUGUCCAUUACCAGUGACACCAUGCUGAGGAUCUUCAAAGUCAUUCAGACCAGCUCACCAUUGCAGCCACCUUAUGGUGUCAUGUUCACACCAUGCAAGACUACACUCAAAGAGGCUCAGAUGAAUCGUGUCCUAGAAACUAUGGCUGCAGGUGGAGGUCAGAUCACAUUGCUGGCUAUUGGACGCAGUGCAGAGCAGUGGCAGAGCAUGGUGCUAGAGCAUCAGGACUUGGUCCCUAAUAUAUCUCCUUCAGCUGUCAAAGGUUACAAGACAAGCCAGAGGUUUGUACCACAGGUUCCAGAUAGUGAUAAUAGGGGAUCUGAACAGACAAGCUUACGAUUGGCAGAGAGAGACUUUGUUCCUAGGCAGAAAUUGCUUCUUGUCGUCUGUGAAGAGAAGCAGCUUACAUUGUACCUGUACAAUUGGCACAGUGACCUUAUAUCUGUUGUUGAGAAGAUCAUUUCUCGUAUCAUCCAGUGGAACAAUGCCAGAGCCCACCUCCUGGACAGUGUCCUGGCUCAGAAGAUGGGCUUGUUCCAUCACUUACAGUUCUCUGACCUACAUUACACUCCAACACAGAAUCCUUACACCCAAACAUCUGCUGAAGUUGACAGCCUCAUCCGCUACCAUGCCCCACCUCGUGAAUCGAGAAGAAACAGUAGCAUAUCCAAUAAAGAAAAAGACAGGAUCAUGCCCAGGUCAACAAAACGGAUGAUCCCAUUUGACCAGACCUACAAAAACAUGCGUCCUCCAAAAAUAAUGGGCCGGCUGAUGUGCACCUACAUGUCUGACCCCAUUAGUCGCCAUGGCCUUCAAGCUCAGGAUAUUAGAAUUCAGUCACGGCAGGAUAAACAGCUGCUGCACCAGCCCAUACAGGGUCAACAAUCUUUAGGGUCAACACACAUGACAUCCCAAUCACAGCAGUCAGUGGCCCAGCCAUUACUAGGAUCACAUCCACCCCUGCAGGCUCAGCAGUCAGUGGGGUCACACCCACCUCUACAAGCCCAGCCAUCAUUGGGAUCACACCCACCCCUACAGGCCCAGCAGUCCCUUGGGUCACAUCCACCCCUACAGAGCCAGCAGUCCCUUGGGUCACACAUGCCCCUACAGGGACAGCAUACUACUGGACCAGCACUUCCACGGAAAGAGCUGUGUGAAGAUAAGGUGCCAGUCACAAGUAUAAAUGACCCUGUGUUCCAGCACGGCCUGCAUCUGCAUGAGGCCCAGAAGUCUAUAAGGGAAGAUGAAGAAAGAAACAAACUUUACCAGCUCUAUUUAGGAUGGCUACAAUGCAGUGGCAAGAACAAAGCCAAUCCUCCUAUUAUGGAGGAUUAUCUGGCCCAGCUAAAGCGAGCGUCCCGACUGUUUCACUACUGUGUCACUCCUUUGGUUUUUUCACCCUCUUGGCGGCAAAAAGUUAUCCAAAAGACAACUGGGAUGGGAGAAAAAUGUAAAGCAGAAGGAACAGGCUGUCUCAGUGGGCUUGCCUCAACCAACAUUUCUGCACAAGUGUCCUCUGCCACCACUCCAGCCACUCCAGACAAAGUACAAAAGACUUUUCCAAAUCUUUUGCCUGUCCCUAGUCCAGUCAUUCGGUCACGCCAUAGUUCAGGAACAUCCAACUUUAGUUUUAAAGGUAAGCCAACUGAAGAACACAGCAGAAAGGGAUCAGAAGCUGGUCUAAUAGGUCUAGGAAACAUUGGCCGCAGCAAAUCAGAUGCAGAUGAAGAGGAGGAGCCCUGGCAUAUUGCUCUCAGGAAAAAUUUUAUGCUGGAAUAUGAACAGUAUUUGGUAUCUGAGCUCUCUUUUAUCAGAUUUAAUGUUCAACCACCACUAUUAAAGGGGCGAGGUCAAAGUUCAACUCUCUCAAGUCAAGGGUCAAAUGAGAGUCCAGAGAGUAAACAGUGGACAAUCAAUCUCCAAAAAACUAUGACAGGAGGGAUCAUUGUCAUGGAACUAAGCUACCGUCAGGAAUAUUUCUGUGUUAGAAUGUUCACUAUUGACUGUUCCCAGUUCAAAGUCAAUGUCAAUCAAGAAAUGCAUUUGUUGUUUGUGGAUGAAUGUGACAAAUGCAAGGAUUUGAUUCAUGUCCAUUCCUUUGCUCAUGACUUUCAUCUGCGCUGGGUUCAGAACUACCUGGCAGACCAGAGGACUUGCGAAGUUCAAGACACAUUCAAAGACACUUUCAAUCUAGACAGUUUCCUGACAGAGUUUAAAAUUGUCUAUCCAUAUCCACCCAGUUUUUCCAGGAACUGUAUACAGAUAGAUUCCAUCAUACUGCCAGAACUUCCAUUUCCUGGAGUCAUGUUGUAUGACUGUAUGCUGAAGCUGGUGGCAACUAAAGAUGUCAACUGUAUCUACAGAAUGGUUGGUUACAUGUCUGAAACAUUGGGUGAAAAAUUUGCCAUUGUCAAUCUGGAGAAGCUGGACAUGAGCACUCAGACCUAUCUGACUGAAGAGGAUCCAGAGGUAAGGCCAGAGCUGUACGAUGCUGGCUUGAUCGUCAUGGACAGCACUGUAAGAAAAGAUGAAAUAAAUGAUGCCAUGAGAUUGGUGCUCAAGUAUUUUACCCUGCUGACACGCAAACGUGACUGGUACCCAAUGAAAACCUUGGAAGAGACUUUAGAGAAAACUUACAGCAAACUUAGUGAUGCUGCAGCUAAAGAGUCAGAAGCAACCUCUUGUGUCAAGUCUGAAGAUCCAUCAGAUCUGUCUAAACCUGUGGCAGUUCGACAACACAUUUGCAUGAUGAAGGAGCAUGUCAACUACAGAGGUUAUUCUAACACCCAGCAACUUCUACUGUUUACUGCCAUGAAUGGGCACAGUGAGAGAGGAAGAGCUGAAAUUCUGGAAUUGAUUGAAACAUCCAAGCGUAAGUGUAGGCGUAAUUUUUUGUGGAACAGGCUAUUGGCCACUCGCUUUCGAGAAACUCCAGUGGACAACAAAAAAAGACACUCUGGGGACAGUGAAGAAGAUCUAGAACAGGAUGUAGCACCUUUAAACACUGCAGAUUUUGUGGAACUCCUUGAUACUGUCAGCAUGAUCCCAUUGGAUAAAAUUGACCCUCAAUUGAGUCCAUUCUACAUCAUGCCUUAUCAGUGGUAUCAUGGUCUGGCAUCUUCCCUGAUGAACAAAUACCGUGAACGCUACUGCACUUUCUUUUGCCCUGACAAAAAGACUCAGUACCUUGUGGUGUUUAAUGCUAAUAAUUUGGACAUGUUUUUCAUGCUGUCUCUGACUGACUCAACUCAAAAAAUGGAGCUGGGUGUCGUCACCAAAGAGACUAUAUCAUUGCAGAUCAAGCAAUCUUCCUACAUACACAAUGUGCCUCUAUACAGUUUACAAGCCUAUGUGGAAGAAAUCAUCAAUGUUUGCUGUUAUCAAGUUUGGGCGUCAAUGACUCAAUAAAAUAUGUAUGUGUAAUACAAAAUUGUGCAACUGUAUCUAUGCAUUACUCAAUUUAAAACCCCUUUUUUUUAUAAAAGUAAUGACUGGUUUCAUCCAUUUAAAAUAUUUUGUGCAAUUUUAUUUUGAAAUAUUAUGGAGGGUAUAACUAUUAAAAUAUUUGUAUCUUAUAAUUCAUUCCAUUUAUUUUUUCUUGGAAUCCACCAUAUAUAUUUAUACAUUUACAUUUCAUUAACAUUGAUGCCAAACAUUUAGAGCUAAUAAAUAUUCACUUUGUUCAUGUAUAAAUUCUAAUUGUUUUGCCUUUUGGGCUAUAUUUCACAUUCUUUUAGAUUUUAAUUUCUGCAACAGUUAUGUAAUAAUGAAAGAUUUAUACUAGAAAAAAUGUAUCUAUCAUACCAGUUAUGUACCCUGUACAUGUGUGAUAAUUGAAAAUGUCUCAAAGGAAUAGAAAUUAUUUGCAAAAGAAUCUUUUCUUAUGUAAACAUUAAAUCAAUGGAGCACAAAAAAGAACAUGUCACUUUAUUUAACUGGCUUUUGCUGCUUUCUCAUCAUGCUCAAAGAUUGGUUUGUUGAUCAGGCCAAGAAAAUGAUGUAAAUAUUAUAGGCUCUAUUCCUCAUAAAACAGAUGGAGUUGAAUGAAAUGAAUAGUAUAAUGGAUGUGUUUGAAUUUAUAAAGAUGUAUCCCAUCACUGAUAAGACAGGAUUCAAUUUCUUUAUAACAUAUAAAUGUACUGUCAUAGAUUUUCUUUUUCGUUGAUUGUUUUUGGAUUGGCAUGGAAGCAUAUCAGAGUUGACUAAUUAGAAAAUAUUCUCAGCCAUACUUUUUUGUCUGAGAAAUAAUAUACUUUAAAGAUAUUAAUGUGGUGCCUGCCUAUAGUCUUUCAGUCGCAUAACUAAAAUGUUGAUAUUAUUUUUUGUGUCUGUUUUUUGUUGUUGUUUUUUUUCUAAGUUGUUGAAGCAUUUUUGUGAGUUAGAAGUAUUGUUUUCUAUUUCCCUACUGCUGUUAAUAGAGUCUUAGCUGGUAAUCUGUUGGACUAACUGAUGUUAAAGCUAAUAUAUUAUUGAGGAGAUAUUAUCCUAAUGGCAAUUUAACUUUUUAAAUCUUCAUUUACAUUUUCUUUCAUUUUUUUUUAUAUAAAUGAAUUGUAUGAUCAAUAUCACUGUGAGAACAUAUUUUUGGAAUUAACUUCAUUAACUUCAUUACUUCCUGUUUUGAUUUUCUUUUAAAUGAAAUUUAUGUUGACAACUUAUAAGUUGUUACUAAGAGUAACUGCCCUUCUCAUAUUAUUUUCUUUUUAUUAUUUGCUAAUGUGUGAAAAAAAAAGAUGUAUUAUUCUGUACAUAUUUGCAAAGAAUGAAGCUUAUUGCUGUCUGUUUCUUGAUGGCGUAAUUCUAAACAUGACAAUUUACGUUAGAAUGUUGUUGAAAAAGAUAAAAGCAAAUAAAAUGAUGUAUGCCUUGAUUGAGAAAA